CAGAGCUGUGCGGGGAGGGGGCGGGAGGAAGCGAGGGAAGGGAUCUGGGAGGGAGGGGGAGGUCGGAGAGAGAGGCGGGUGCCAGUGGAGAAAGUCCUCGCUCUCCCGCUCAUCUUUUCAUUGCUCUCUCUCCUUCCCGCAGACAACCCGGACCUCCUCUGGGCGCCAGCUCCUCGGCUCCAACCCGUCCAGAAUCAAGCGGGAUUUUUUUUUUCUUUCCCUCUAGAAAUUGGCUUUGGUGUGUCGCCCGCCCUCUCCCCUCCUCCUCGCAACUCCUCCCCUCUUUUUUUCCUCCUUCUUCUUCUUCCUGAGACAUGGCCCGGGCAGUGGCUCCUGGAAGAGGAACAAGUGUGGGAAAAGGGAGAGGAAAUCGGAGCUAAAUGACAGGAUGCAGGCGACUUGAGACACAAAAAGAGACGCGCUUCUCGCGAAUUCAGGCAUUGCCUCGCCGCUAGCCUUCCCCGCCAAGACCGGCUGAGGAUUUUAUGGUUCUUAAGCGGACUUAAGAGCGUUGUUUCGGAUUGUUAAGAUUCCCGUUUGCUGGGUUUUCCUCCCUCAAUCGUGCUCUCCCGCGGCUGCCUGGGGACUGGCUCGGCGAAGGAGGAUGGAGAGGGGGCUGCCGUUGCUGUGCGCCACGCUCGCCCUUGCCCUCGCCCUGGCGGGCGCUUUCCGCAGCGAUAAAUGUGGCGGGACUAUAAAAAUUGAAAACCCGGGGUACCUUACAUCUCCCGGCUACCCUCAUUCUUACCAUCCAAGUGAGAAAUGUGAAUGGCUAAUCCAAGCUCCGGAGCCCUACCAGAGAAUCAUGAUCAACUUCAACCCACAUUUCGAUUUGGAGGACAGAGACUGCAAGUAUGACUAUGUGGAAGUGAUCGAUGGAGAGAAUGAAGGUGGCCGCCUGUGGGGGAAGUUCUGUGGGAAGAUCGCACCUUCACCUGUGGUGUCUUCAGGGCCAUUUCUCUUCAUCAAAUUUGUCUCUGACUAUGAGACCCACGGGGCAGGAUUUUCCAUCCGCUAUGAAAUCUUCAAGAGAGGGCCCGAAUGUUCUCAGAACUAUACAGCACCUACUGGAGUGAUAAAGUCCCCUGGGUUCCCUGAAAAAUACCCCAACAGCUUGGAGUGCACCUACAUCAUCUUUGCACCAAAGAUGUCUGAGAUAAUCCUAGAGUUUGAAAGUUUUGACCUGGAGCAAGACUCAAAUCCUCCCGGAGGAGUGUUCUGUCGCUAUGACCGGCUGGAGAUCUGGGAUGGAUUCCCUGAAGUUGGCCCUCACAUUGGGCGUUACUGUGGGCAGAAAACUCCUGGCCGGAUCCGCUCCUCUUCAGGCAUUCUAUCCAUGGUCUUCUACACUGACAGCGCAAUAGCAAAGGAAGGUUUCUCAGCCAACUACAGCGUGCUGCAGAGCAGCAUCUCUGAAGAUUUCAAGUGUAUGGAGGCUCUGGGCAUGGAAUCUGGAGAGAUCCAUUCUGACCAGAUCACUGCAUCUUCCCAGUAUGGUACCAACUGGUCUGUUGAGCGCUCCCGCCUGAACUACCCUGAAAACGGGUGGACACCAGGAGAGGACUCCUACAGGGAGUGGAUCCAGGUGGACUUGGGCCUCCUGCGAUUCGUUACUGCUGUGGGGACACAGGGUGCCAUUUCCAAGGAAACCAAGAAGAAAUAUUAUGUCAAGACUUACAGAGUAGACAUCAGCUCCAACGGAGAGGACUGGAUCACCCUGAAGGAGGGAAAUAAAGCCAUUAUCUUUCAGGGAAACACCAAUCCCACGGAUGUUGUCUUUGGAGUUUUCCCCAAACCACUGAUAACUCGAUUUGUCCGAAUCAAACCUGCAUCCUGGGAAACUGGAAUAUCUAUGAGAUUUGAAGUUUAUGGCUGCAAGAUAACAGAUUACCCUUGCUCUGGAAUGUUGGGCAUGGUGUCUGGACUUAUUUCAGACUCCCAGAUUACAGCAUCCAACCAAGGAGACAGGAACUGGAUGCCAGAAAACAUCCGCCUGGUGACCAGUCGAACCGGCUGGGCCCUGCCACCCUCACCCCACCCAUACAUCAAUGAAUGGCUCCAAGUGGACCUGGGAGAUGAGAAGAUAGUAAGAGGUGUCAUCAUUCAAGGUGGGAAGCACCGAGAAAACAAAGUGUUCAUGAGGAAGUUCAAGAUCGCCUACAGUAACAAUGGUUCUGACUGGAAAAUGAUCAUGGAUGACAGCAAGCGCAAGGCUAAGUCUUUUGAAGGCAACAACAACUAUGACACACCUGAGCUCCGGGCCUUUACACCUCUCUCCACAAGAUUCAUCAGGAUCUACCCCGAGAGAGCCACACAUAGUGGGCUCGGACUGAGGAUGGAGCUACUGGGCUGUGAAGUAGAAGUGCCUACAGCUGGACCCACGACACCCAAUGGGAACCCCGUGGACGAGUGUGACGAUGACCAGGCCAACUGCCACAGUGGCACAGGUGAUGACUUCCAGCUCACAGGAGGCACCACUGUCCUGGCCACAGAGAAGCCAACCAUUAUAGACAGCACCAUCCAAUCAGAGUUCCCGACAUACGGUUUUAACUGCGAGUUUGGCUGGGGCUCUCACAAGACAUUCUGCCACUGGGAACAUGACAGCCACGCGCAGCUCAGGUGGAGGGUGCUGACCAGCAAGACGGGGCCCAUUCAGGACCACACAGGAGAUGGCAACUUCAUCUAUUCCCAAGCUGAUGAAAAUCAGAAAGGCAAAGUAGCCCGCCUGGUGAGCCCUGUGGUCUAUUCCCAGAGUUCUGCCCACUGCAUGACCUUCUGGUAUCACAUGUCCGGCUCUCAUGUGGGUACACUGAGGGUCAAACUGCACUACCAGAAGCCAGAGGAAUAUGAUCAACUGGUCUGGAUGGUGGUCGGGCACCAAGGAGACCACUGGAAGGAAGGGCGUGUCUUGCUGCACAAAUCUCUGAAACUGUAUCAGGUUAUUUUUGAAGGUGAAAUCGGAAAAGGAAACCUCGGUGGGAUUGCUGUGGAUGAUAUCAGUAUUAACAACCACAUUCCUCAGGAGGACUGUGCAAAACCAACAGACCUAGAUAAAAAGAACACAGAAAUUAAAAUAGAUGAAACAGGGAGCACCCCAGGAUAUGAAGAAGGGAAAGGCGACAAGAACAUCUCCAGGAAGCCAGGCAAUGUGCUUAAGACCCUGGACCCCAUCCUGAUCACCAUCAUAGCCAUGAGUGCCCUGGGGGUGCUCCUGGGUGCAGUCUGUGGAGUUGUGCUGUACUGUGCCUGUUGGCACAAUGGGAUGUCGGAAAGGAACCUAUCUGCCCUGGAGAACUAUAACUUUGAACUUGUGGAUGGUGUAAAGUUGAAAAAAGAUAAACUGAACCCACAGAGUAAUUACUCAGAGGCGUGAAGGCACGGAGCUGGAGGGAACAAGGGAGGAGCGCGGCAGGAGAACAGUGGAGGCGCAGGGACUCUGUUACUCUGCUUUCACUGUAAGCUGGGAAGGGCGGGGACUCUGUUACUCCGCUUUCACUGUAAGCUCGGAAGGGCAUCCGCGAUGCCAUGCCAGGCUUUUCUCAGGAGCUUCAAUGAGCAUCACCUACAGACACAAGCAGGUGACUGCGGUAACAACAGGAAUCAUGUACAGCCUGCUUUCUUCUCUUGGUUUCGUUUGGGUAAUCAGAAGCCAGUUGAGACCAAGUGUGACUGACUUCAUGGUUCAUCCUACUUGGCCCCCUUUUUCCUCUCUUUCUCCUUACCCUGUGGUGGAUUCUUCUCGGAAACUGCAAAAUCCAAGAUGCUGGCACUAGGCGUUGUUCAGUGGGCUCUUUCGAUGGACAUGUGACCUAUAGCCCAGUGCCUAGAGCAUAUUAGCAUAACCACAUUUCAGGGGACACCAAUGUCCGCUUUUGCAUCGCUACGUGCAGCGAGCACAGGAAAAAGAAAAAAGAAAGAAAGAAAAAGAAUUAGACUAUUUUGUUUGCAAAGUACUGUGGCCUCAGUACCCAUCUAGCGUGUCAGCUCUGUUUACCAAGCAAUACCGACAGAUUUUUCUUGAUGUUUUCCAGUGUUGUACUGAAUCUCGUGUUUGUGACCUCCAUUCAGAGAUACCAUACCCUGCAGCCACCAAACUGCUAGCACCCGGGUGUCCCGCUGAUGACCACCACAAAAGUCUUCGGCACUGGCUAGUCUUCGUCCUCUCAAGUGCCUUUUUGUUUGUGUACUGGUUCCUUGUGUCCCGUGGAUGACCCACUCUGUUUCUGGUGAAAACCCUUCUCUUCAAUCAGACCUGGUGGCCCACUGACUAAGAAGAAAGUAUAUUUUAGUGUGCUAUGCCAACCCCGGGAAGGCAAGGGCUCUGAAGACCUGGCAAUGUGGCUUAAUCAUUCUGAUUUUUUCCGAAGUUCAAUGUCAAUGUCUCUUGACCCUUUGUAUAAAGCUGCAAUGUUCUCUCUCGUUCUUUCCUAUGGGAUGUAUUUUCAGAUACAAACUCUCAGUUCUUUCUUUCCUUCUUCUCUCCUUUUUGCCUCUGGAAAGCGAAGCAUUUGCCACUGUCCAGAAUGAACCUUGCAGCUUUAACCUGCUGGCGAUGGCAAACAAUUUUACUAGACUUUAUGUUUUAAGAUAAUUAAAUAAGGGGAAUUCCUAACUUUGUCCUCCAGAGUCUAACUUUGGGUUUCUUGUUAACUGGUUAAAGUGACAGUAUCUUUUUUCCUUAAGCCACAUGCUUAUACAUUCUGAUUAGACUGAUGUCUGAUAUAAAUGUCUGCAUCUAAUGGAAAUCAUAAGUUGAAAGAGAAAAGAGUACCAACUGGCUUUCAGAUGAGACCCGCAGGAAGCACUGUAUAAAAUCCCCAAGUCUAAAAGGAUGUGAAAACUUUACAUCCAAAUAUGCAAAAUGAGCCCUGAAAAACCUUCUUGUUUUGUUAUUAGGUCAGAGGAGGAUAAUGAAAAGAAUAGCUCAUUUAAGAAAUAAACAAUUAUCAUGAUGCCUGAGGCAAAACAAUUUUAAGACCAGUCACAAGGGGUACAUAAAACCAAACAAAUGUUUAGAACAAUCCAUUCAGCAGAAACCCUGAGAAAAAUAAAUUUUAAUGAAUGCUUCUAGAAACAUCCAAUGGCUCAUAAAGAAAAAAGCCUACCUUAGGACUGGCAAGAUAUUGGCCUCGACAGCACAGAGAGGUAAUAUCUUAACCCAAAGCAGCUUCCGGCUGGUGAAUUUCUGUCUUGAUGGGCUGUCCAUAAGAACUCCCAGCUCUUUCCCUUCCUAGUGUGGCUGCAGGUCUCCCUCAGUUACAUUUCUUAGAGAUCACAUUUGCUUACUGGACAAAUGGUUUUUGUUCACGCUGGUUUAGUGAGAUUUGAGAAUGUCUUUUUUUCCAGGGAAGUAUUGAUCACUAAAAUAAAGGAUAUGUUUUUAUUCCCAGAGGCAUCAAAUUCACUUGUUAUAAUCAUUCUGGGGGGAAAAGCAUUAAGUAAGACUUUGUUUCUAAGGCAACAAACUUGACCAGUGUCCUCAGCCAAGGAAAAAAUGAUACUGCAACUUUAAAUUUUAAAGUACCUUGCACUGAUAAAUAUAUUUAAAAGUUAUAUGUUUAUAAAGUUAUUAAUUUGUAAAGGCAGUGUUACAAAAUGUUCAGUUUAUAUUGUUUUAGAUUGUUUCGUAAUUUUUAAAGGUGUAAAAUAACGUAUUUUUUCUUUAUUGAAAUCUAUAAGACUUUCCGUAGUAAGAUGUCUCGUUUUUUCUGGUAUAUUAUUGCUUCAUGUUUUGUACCCUCAUAAAAUUUUGUGCAAAUUUUUUUUACAGAAAUUUUUAUUUUCUAUGAUGAUAUGUAUGACACUUGUAAAUUGUUUCAAAAUGAACAGCGAAGCCUUAACUUGAAAUUUGUAUUCUCUGAGUAGCAUAAAAACCACCUAGAAUGAACUGUAACUUAAGCUCGAAACUACACAUUCCAAAGAAGCAGUUGAAUUAAACAUUUUCAUAAAAAUCCCAAA